AUGUCUUAUUCGUUAAAAUCUACUUUUGCUACUCUGCCGAAGACGGCCAGGGGCGUACCAAUCGUUUUGGGAGGCGACCCCAAAGGGAAAAAUUUUUUAUACUCUAAUGGGAAUAGCAUCAUCAUCAGACACAUUGAUAAUCCUGAGCAAGCAGAUUUGUACACAGAACAUUCGCAGCCAACGACAGUUGCCAAAUACUCACCAAGUGGCUUCUACAUUGCUUCUGCUGAUAUAACAGGCAAGGUAAGGAUCUGGGACACAACUCAGAAGGAACAUAUCCUGAAGAAUGAGUUCCAACCUAUUGCUGGUCCCAUCAAGGAUCUUGCAUGGUCCGGGGACAGCCAGAAGGUCGUCGUCGGGGGUGAAGGCAGAGAGAGAUUCGGGCAUGUCUUCUCAGCAGAUACAGGAACCAGCGUGGGUGAGAUCAUGGGUCAAAGCAAAUCCAUCAACUCGGUCGACUUCAGAUCUAGUCGACCUUUCAGGAUCAUAACCGCUAGUGAAGAUAACACUGUCGCAUUCUUCCAUGGACCUCCCUUCAAAUUCCAGUUCACUAUUCAGGAUCACACACGUUUUGUGAACUCAGUGAGGUAUUCACCUGAUGGAGAGCUGUUUGUGUCGGGUGGAGCUGAUGGAAAGUGCUUCAUUUUUGAUGGAAAAACUGGGGAAAAGAAAGCAGAACUCGGAAACCCUGCUCAUAAAAUGGGAAUAUAUGGGGUUACCUUCUCGCCUGACAACAAGCAAGUUCUGACCAUCUCAGGCGACAAGACGGCCAAAAUCUGGGAUGCGACUGACCACUUCCUUGUCAAGGAGUUUGUCCUGGGAACUCAGGUUGAUGACAUGCUGGUUGGCUGUCUUUGGCAGGGAAAUCACAUCUUAACUGUUUCACUCUCAGGCCACAUAACCUACCUCGACCAAUCGAAUCCCUCAAAACCACUGAGGAUCAUAAAGGGUCACAACAAGCCAAUCACAGCUCUUGUUUUGAGCAAAGAUAAGAAAUAUGCCUUCACCGCUAGCUUUGACGGAAAUAUAUGUCGAUGGGAUGUAUCAAAUGGCCACUGUGACCUAAUUUCGGGAAAAGGUCACACCAAUCAGGUCCAAGACAUCUGCAUUGACUCGACCCAUCUAAUCACGUGUGGAAUGGACGACAUGGUCUUCUUCACUGACCUAAAUAAGAUUCCUGAUUGCGGUUACCAGUCCUCAGUGAAGAUGACCUCUCAACCUAAAGGAAUAGCAGUUGGACCUGAUGGAACUGUUUUUGUGGCUUGUAUCAAGGAGAUAGCCAUAUUGAAGGAUGGGAAGUUGUUGCAGAGUUUGAAGGCUGAUUACGAGCCUCAGUGUGUGGCCAUCAACGUCGCUGGCACUGAACUGGCCGUCGGAGGAGGUGAUAUGGACAAAAAAGUGCACAUCUUCAGCGUAUCAGGUAGUUGCAAACUGGAGGAGAAGAAGGGCCUGGAGCAUCAUGGCUGCCUCAAGGACAUCUCAUACUCACCAGAUGGAAGGUACCUGGCUGCCUGCGAUGCCUUCAGGAAGAUACAACUCUACGAACUGCCUGAACAUAAGGUCUGCGAAUGGGGCUACCACACGGCUAGAGUGAACUCGAUAAAUUGGUCUCCAGACUCGAAGCACCUUGCCAGUGGAGCUCUUGACACCCACUGCAUCAUCUGGGACCCGAGCAGUAAAACUAACUACACUGUUAUUAAAGGAGCCCACCCACAAAGUCAGGUGACCAGAGUUGAGUGGGUGGACAACAACACACUGCUGUCCGUCGGCCAGGAUAGCUGCGUCAAGCAGUGGUCAAUCAAGCACUGA